UAUAUACAUACUAUAAGUAUGUAACUAUAUAUAUACUAUACUCUUUAGCUAUAUGAGUAAUUGCUUAGCAUGGGAAGCUAAAGGUUGCUGGAGCCUUAGGCCAAAAGCAGCUAACUCCCGCCUAGAUAAAGCUGAGGUUAGUUUACAACCUGUGCUUAGUUAUGUAAAUGAAGACCAUGAGACCAUUGCAAAUUGGAAGAUAAAAAAGUUGCAUUCAUUAGCAAGAAGCAACAGAGAGAUAAAAAAUUUAUGGACCGCCUGGAGGUAACGAAAGAGCACAAUGAUGGACAAGGGGACCCCAGACCAAAAUUCAGUACUGGGCCAAGAAGCGCAUGCAAGGUGCAUAGACUGUAAUGGUAGAAAACCCCAGGAAUUUCUUUGUUCUGGGUCCCUCCGUAGAGGCACCCAGUCUUGAGCUGCUCCUAUUCCUGUAACAUUCCAUUAGUAAAUUAUUUAUGUAAGAAUCAGAAGUCUGAGACUCUGCUUUGGGAAACCUAGAGCGGAGAAUUUUCUUUAACAAUAUUUUCAGCUAGAAUGUCACAUUUCUGAAACCAGUAUUACAAAUUAUCAAUCUACCUGACCCUCCCUCUCCCAAGAUGUUAGAAGAAAACACAGAAACAGGUCUUUGUCAGCCUUCGUAGGAUCUUACCAAGUAGGCCAGCAAAAUAUGGUGUAAACAGCAGCAAGUAUUGUUACUCUUAUGGCUGCAGGAAUUUAUGUCUCUGACCUUCAGCAUGUAAUCUGAAAAGGAAUGGAAGUGAUGUAAGUCAAUUAUUCUUUUCUUUUAGUGUUUAUUGGUAAAUUUAUGGGAGUCCUAACAAACAAUCUACAUCAUUCUUAGAAUCAUAAUCCUUCAGUUUGUGUAUACUGGUGGUUAUAUGCAGAAUUCAAUUCAUAUUGUCGGGAGGGGGGAAGAGACAAAGCAAAAUCAAAUGCAUCAGACAUCUACAUUCAAGGAACAAGAGGCUGAAGAUUGAGUAAUACAAUGUUUUGUCAGGCUACAGUUCCCUGUGAAGUGACCCAUAUCUGUCAGUUCAUACAGCAGCUAGAUGUUGCAAGCAUCCCUUGACAGGUGGAAGCACAAAACUUUUCCCUUGCUUGGGCUCCCACCUUGCUACUAUUUUGACUGCUAGGGAAGUUCUGUCCUCCUGCUUGCACCUAAGAGUGCUCCCAAGGCCAACUGCAGGUAUAGUCCUGAGACAUCACGUGGCUGAGGGACUGCUCCUGAUGUUGCCUUUGCUUGUGCCAGAGCCCUGGAAAGCCAGGCUGGUUCCAGCAGACGUGUUUCAUCAGCUAUUGCUGUGGUUAGAUGUGUCCAAGCAGUUGAAAUUUCCCAUCUCACUUCAUACUUUUUAAGACUUUUCUCUCAGUGCUCAGUUCAGCCCUCUUUCUCUUCCUUCUUUCCCUUUCCAUGGCAAAAGUGGUCUGAAAUUGUGUGAAAUGACAAAAUUGAUUUUAGCCUCCACUGCUGUUCAGCCAGAGCUGGCUCUAGGGCUCCACACAACUUCUUCCAUUCUCAUGGCAUCAGAGAAGAGGACCUGGCAAACUGCAGCAAAGAAGGGUAAUACCAUUCCCUUUUAGCCAUGGCUGUAGGUACCUGUGCUGGUACCUUUGUUAUAAGCAAGGGGAUUCAUACUGUACCUAUUAUCUCCAGGAACAGAAGGCCUUUGGAGGAUCUAACAAUUGGGAACUGAAAUUAAAUAAAAUGAAAUCUGUUAAAAUUGGAAGGGGGCAGGAGUAAGAAAAUGAGAUGAAUCUGGGUAAACAUCACACAAUAGAAUUAAUGAUGAGCAGGCAGGCAACAGGACCCAGGUGAAGCCCAGCCUUUGGAUCCCUAACUCAUCACAUGCUGCUGGAAACCACCAGAGGAACACACGGGAAAGAGAAUGAAGUCACCCAUACACAUUUCAGCUGAUUGCAGGAGCACUCAGACAAAAUCAGGUAGGAAGUCUAAAUGUUUAAUUAGAAAAGCUUCAGGAGAUAAUCUCCCUGGAGCUGGAGAAAUAGAAAUACAGAAAUAUAUGUGGUCUCCCUAACUCUGGAAAGCAAAUGUAAAAAUUAUUGUGUGUUAAUGUGAAGAGUAAAAGGUGGUUUUAGUAUUAAGAGACAUAGAAUCUAGAGUAUUUAUAGGAAGCUGAAAUAAAUAUGCAUAAAGAAUAGGUGCUAAAAGUCUCCAUACCUGUCAAGCACAUUAAGUAUUUGUUGAAGUCCUAUUCCUCUUAAAACAUUUUAUCUUCUCAGUUUCUACAAAUAAGGUAAAACAAAUGACCUUUCAACAAAGUCUCAAUCGAGUAGAAAGGAUCUAAUACUGCACUGAGUCAGAGAGCAAGUCAGCAAUAUCCUUGAGGCAGGACUGGUAUGAAAUCAUACCUUGCACUGGCAUGGCUUUAUGUUUCCUAAAAAUCACAAACCUUUGCUGUAUGUGUGCUUUGCUCCCUCUAGCUUGAAGAAAAAGAAAAAUGUGUUAAAGAGUUUAUUCUCUUGACAGAGCUACAAGGUAAGUGGCUGAAAGAAAUGCACAGCACUGUGUAAAAUAUUGUGGAAGAAAUUCUCUUCAGACUGGCUUGUAUUUCAACAGUGACUAAAAGCUGGAUAGGAAACUGUUGAAAUCUUUCUGGUUUUCUGCAUGGAUCUUGUGGGGGAGGGUGUGUUUAGUAAAAUACAGCUAAGUCACUGUCAGAUGGUUUACAGUUAGCAGAUAAAGCAAGAACUGCAAAGGACCAAAAUGACAUAAAAAUAUUAUUUUAAGAAGAAAAAUCUAGCUAGUCCCCUACACAUACCUAUUUGAAGUUAUAACUGUGAUAUGUAGGCACCAACAGCGAGAAGUAGUUUAUCUUGGAAAUCUGUGAAGCACUGCAUAAAAGUAUGCCAGAUUUGUAAUAAGAGGUCUGAGAACAGAGAAGUGCCAACAAAGAAACGAGUCAUCCUGCUUAUUUAUUUUGUCCCUGUUGCAAAGUAAGACAUAUGCAUUUAAGUCAAAAUCAUGCUAAAGAAUUCUUACUUUGCAGCUGGUGAUGGAUUAAAUGGAAAUGGCAUGAGGAAUGACUCCAUGAUCAUGGUAGCCUAUUUCUGAAGAAUGGCGCUGAGUGACCUCCUUUACCCAGAUAACCCCAAGAGAAGGCAAGAAUUGAUCCACCUGCACCAGGAAUUGCUUGACUGCAUGUCCACAAAUUUCAAUGCAACAAAUGAGCUAGCUAGAGUGCUGAAUGAACACCUGGGCUGUACCAUUACCCACAUUCGGAUGAGAGAGAGCAGCACAGUGAAGGAAAACUGUGACAUUAUCAUCCAAGCAAUGAAUGAGAUUCAGCAUCAAGUACAGAAGAUUGAUAGUGACAUGAAGGAAAAGCUAGAGCCUGUGCUGUACCAGAAGCUGUAUGACAUCAAAGAGCCCGAGUUGGAGAAAAUAGCAAUAGCCCAUAAAGUUUUUUCCAUUGUUCUUGGAGAAGCGACUUCAACAGCUGGGAUGGUAGCUAUCAAACUUCUCAGCUCCAAUUUUUUAACUCUCACUGUGAGCAAGCUCGUCAGUCUCCUUGCACAGAUUGGGGCAUCUGUUCUUGGGGGAAUCAGCAUCACCAUUCUUGGGCUUGGCAUUGAAAUGAUCCUCCAUGCCAUCCUGGGAGCUGUGGAAAGGAAUCAGCUUCUGGGAGCUGUGAGAAGCUAUGAGAAGCACCUGGCUGAGUUUAAAGCAGCCUCAGAAAAGUACCAGCGUGCCAUACAUGAAGUGACUUCUUUGGUGAGACAGCAGGUUCAGUGAAUGAAGUGAGAGUUCUCUCUCCUGCUGUGAGAAUGGCUGCAGCAACUGUGCCUGCAGAAACCUUUUUGAUUCAUUAUGGUAAAUGAACUACUGAUGGCUUUUUUUCGUAUUAGUGGCAACAGAGCAAGAGAUGUAACAGAUUGGGGAAUUGGCACUAAAAUAUAUUAGUAGGGAACUGGCUGAUAGGUGCUUCUGGGAGGUAACACUUCAAAUACGUCGCACAUUUUCUUCAGCUAUUUUCUGGAGUGCAUUGUAGAUAACCUUGAACUGUAACUUGUACUUGUGACAAUACUCCUUACUGCUGGAGUAGUAGUAGUGAGAAUGUGUGAUUUUUCUUCUAUUGUGUUUCUAUAUCAGAGAUGACAACAUGGUGGGAGAAAACAAUUUCAACAAGCCAGUCCACAUCACCAACAGGAUGGCUGUCUCUGCUAAAGUCUUAGUGUGGAUUAGUGCUAAAUCUGGUAGGCUCAAUUCCAUGUUUGUUGAACUGCUUACAGGGACUAGCUGAAGCAUAUUUAACUGCUGUUUCCUGUCCCAUCCCUGUCUAAGAAGCUAGACAGAGAUCUUCUUUAAAUAAACUCUAAUUCCAGUAGAUAGCAGGUAAGAGAAGCAUGGGCCUACAAGCAAACACACACAACUUUGCCACACAACUGAAAGAAACCAGCUGUAGUGUUCCAGGCUGUGAAUGACCUCUUAUUCUCAGCACUGCCCUGCUCCUGCCAACCCACAGGUAACUAUUUCAGUGCACCGUUGCUGCUUUGUUGAUUGAAAUGGGUUGUUAAACACGUACAAAUGUCUGUAGGAUUACAGCCCAAUUAAUGCACCAAGUGCUUUAUUUUCAAGCCUCACCAGUGUGGGACCGCCAACGGUGUGCUCAGAUUCUGCGUUUCACAAUAUGCUACCAAAUGUCCUUAUUUUUCAGAUUUUAAAAACAAAGCUGGAAGCAGGAAGAUUAUUUGCAGUCUCUUGCUCUGAUUUGCUGUGGUUUGCUUUUUUUUGCUUUGAUCUUUGGAAAAAAAAAGUAAUAAAAGAAUUAAUAAAAAUGUACGUGAGUAUUGUAAAACCUGUCUUUCCUGUACUUGGUUUAUUUGGGGAUUUUUUUAUGUUCUGUCUGAAAAACCACUUUUAAACCAGAUAAUGAAAAAAGAUUAAAAUCUUCAUUAUAGAUCCAAUUUAUAAGUUUUUUUUAUAGCCAUGAUAGACUAAUCUAGUAGGAUUGUGUAUAGGUUCCUUUUUUGGUAUCAGCUUCCCCCAUACUAAAAGCAUAUCCAAAUUCAUACAUGUUUGUUAAUAUUCAAUAUUACCAAUAUUAUACAUUAUAUUAAUAACUAGAUUGUGCCUGUGAAAGUAGAGAGAUGGGUGAGAUUACAA